GUGGCUGAGCCUCUGCUAGUGCGGUGGCCUCCAUCUACCCAGAGACAAUUUGGCCGUCAGAUUGCCUUCAAGCGGCCCCUGGCCAAAGCCGAUCCGGACAAGGUGCAGGCACUUGCCGAGUCAGGACCUGCUCCUGAGGCUUUGGAGUCCCUGGAGCCUGAGCACGAAAAGCCAGGAUGCCAGCAGGGUGCCGCCCAAGCAAAUGACAAAGGCACAAGAGACUCAAACACGGACGAGGCAGGCACUCUGGCCCCAAACGACUUUGUGGCUGCGGCGCUCCGCAGGCGGGCUUUGCAGAGCGGAAGUCGAGCGGCGUGGCCGCGAGUCAGGCUGCCCGUCAUGGUGCGCGCGAUGCUGCGCUUUGGCGAGUCGUGGCCGGAGGCGCUGUCACGCUGCCUCUCGAAUCUGCAACCAGAGGGCCCGGCUCAGCCGGUGGAGGUGGUAUCGGUGCGGUCGCUGGAGAAGGAGCUCUUGGACUUGGCCAGCAGUCGGGAAGAGGUGCGAUGCCGGGGUGGCAAAGAUGUGCUGCCGGCCAUUGGCAGCAUCUGCUGUAUGCAGUGGUACGGUGACCUGGUAUCCAUCAUGGAUGAAGAAGCCCAGUGGCUGAAUGCUUCUGAGGCCAGCCUUGGCUGCUGGGUUGUGGAGCUGGCGCUUGAGCCCCCGGCAGACUGCAACGAUGCCAAACAACUGGCAGAGAGUAUCACCCGCCAUUUGGCGAGGCCGCUGACAAGCUCAACCGACCCACCUCGGGUUGUUGCUGUGGAGGGCAAAGUCUUCCCGCCGCGCAUGGACCGUUUGUUCAACCUACGAGAAGUGGUCCCCCGCCACGUGCGCCGCGUCUUUGCUUGGCCUGGGCGGCCGGAGCCUGGCGAAGCGCGCCGGCUGCGGCACAUCCUGCCACCAAAUCCAGGUGUGGCCCGGAGGCUAGCCCACACUGACGCCAAAGGAAAGCCUGCGGGGCUGUGA